CAUAUUAUUAUUGAACGAAUUAUACAUCUAUUUUGAAUGCGCAAAUGCUAAGGAGAACAUGAAUUGCGCAAGCCUCGCUGGUUUUAUUGUUCUAAUUGAUGGGACUUUCAUGCUGUAGGCAAUCAUCAAUUAAGUCGGCUCAAUGUCAAAACAGGACCUUUAUUCAAGGACAGGACAUCGAGAUCAUUAAUCUCGCUGGCAGAUUGCGCGUUCACGAGGACACCGUAGACAGGCAAAGAGGAGUGGGAUUGAACGUGUUGCCUAAGGCAUGUGGUUUAUGGUCUCGCUGGGAUUUUGGGGUGUAACUAAGAGAUCAGAAAAUCAGCCCAGUGACCCUCAUUCUGCACGAGGACGUCGAACCUGAGGUUCGGUUUGGGUGUAGGCUACGGUACUAGCACAAUACUUGAGAGAGCAAUGAUGACUUUUACUUUGAAUUAGGUUAGCUGAGCUUGGAGCCUGCACGUGGAGUCCAGGUGUGAUAGGCUAAGAACUGAUCUCCCGAUUGACCGCUGUGAAAAAAAAGAUAUAAAAAAUCGGAAAAAUACAACAGCUGGAAAGCGGUGGAAAAAUAAUUUCUGAAAUCGUCGCGGUAGCAUAGCUCACAUGCAACGAUGCUCGUAGUGUCUAGGUGAGAAGUGUGCUUGAUUAAGCGAAUUGUCGGUUCUGACAUCAGCGGACGAACGCUGUCACGAGCAGGUAGGAUAUAAGCGCCUCUCAAGAACAUGCGAAGGGUGUAGGACAAGACGCAGCGUUGCUAUAUGAGUGGGAAGUCACUGAUGCAUAUCAGUCCAGUACACUGUCCUCCAGACUGCCUACGGUGGUAGAUCCGAGUAGACUGCCUCUCGAAUCACUCGACAUUCCUCGACUCCCAUUGUUGCGGGUUUUGAACCCCACUUGAACUGAAAUCGAACCGAAGAUGACGGCUCUCAAUUCAGAACUUUUACACAAAAUGAGGAAAGUCUCGGCACUACAAAACAUGUUUCUCUCUGUUCUGCUGGUGUGCAUGACAAGCCUUGUGAAGGUUUCCAUAACAACGUCGGAGGCGCUGAAGGAGGCGGAGAACAAUGACAGCAUCACCGUGUUCACCAGGAUCCUGGAUGGGCUGCUGGAUGGCUACGACAACCGUCUAAGGCCAGGGCUAGGAGAAAAUGUCACAGAGAUCAAAACAAAUAUAUUUGUCACGAGCUUCGGCCCAGUUUCAGACACUGAGAUGGAAUACACCAUCGAUGUGUUUUUCCGUCAGAGCUGGAAGGAUGAGCGUCUUUGCUUCAAGGGCCCCAUGGAGAUGCUAGCUCUGAACAACCUGCUGGCCAGCAACAUCUGGACUCCUGACACCUUCUUCCUCAACGGCAAGAAGUCCAUCGCCCACAACAUGACCACACCCAACAAGCUGCUGAGACUAAAGGAUGAUGGGACUCUACUCUACACUAUGAGGUUAACCAUAGCAGCAGAAUGCCCCAUGCAACUGGAAGACUUUCCUAUGGAUGCCCAUGCAUGUCCCUUGAAGUUUGGAAGCUAUGCCUACCCUGUCUCGGAGGUCGUGUACACGUGGACGCAGGGGGCAGCCAAGUCGGUGGUGGUGGCGGAGGAUGGCUCACGGCUCAACCAGUACCAUCUGAUUGGCCAGACUGCCGGCACAGAGGACAUCCAUACCAGCAGAGGUCAGUACACCGUCAUGAUGGCCCACUUCUACCUGAAGAGGAAGAUCGGUUACUUCGUCAUCCAGACGUACAUGCCUUGCUUCAUGACAGUCAUCCUCUCCCAGGUGUCUUUCUGGUUGAACCGGGAGUCCGUACCUGCCAGGACUGUCUUUGGAGUGACGACCGUGCUGACCAUGACCACCCUCAGCAUCAGCGCCCGUAACUCGCUCCCCAAGGUGGCCUACGCCACGGCCAUGGACUGGUUCAUCGCCGUCUGCUACGCCUUCGUGUUCUCCGCCCUCAUCGAGUUCGCCACCGUCAACUACUUCACCAAGAGAAGCUGGGCCUGGGAUGGGAAGAAGGCCAUGGAGGCACAACAACACCCCAAGAAGAGAGACCCCAUGGUGCUGUCGAAGAAGCCCAACAACGUGUGCUCUGCAGGGGUGAACUACACACCCAACAUCACAAAGGACGUCUCCAUCUCCACCAUCUCCAACAGCACCUCCGUCCAGCUGAAGUCAGCCGAGACCAAGCUGCCCGAUCCAAAGAAAACCUACAACAGCGUGAGCAAGAUCGACAAGAUGUCCCGGAUAGUGUUCCCUGUUCUCUUUGGAACGUUUAACCUGGUGUACUGGGCCACGUACCUGAACAGGGAUCAACCGGUGAUUAAAGGAGCCUCUUCUACAUAAGGAUGAUGUUCCACUCUGCAGGCCAAGAAAUGUUUAGAAGAAAAAUGAUCAUGAGCGAAAGGAGAUGUCUUCUAUCUUCUGACUAUCUCCUACUGUGAUUUGCAUGACACUAUUAAAGAGGUACUGUGACCUUCUUUGCCUUGAAAAUCCCACUUCUAGUCUGCUGGUAAAUUGCCUCGUCUCUCAAAAAGGAACUUUUACAUUGACUGUGUAAAUUAACAUGGACCUUUUCAAUCACCGCUGUCACACUUUGGCCUGACUGAAUGACAGCAGAUAAGACACACACAGUAUUGAUGCUUUUUAUUCAACUGCCAUUUUGGAUGGACAAGGAAAAAUAAUUAACAUGCUACCGUACCUCAAUGUUUACCUUUGACGUACAACUAUGAAGUGGAAUGAUAGACUUGCGUGGGAACCAGACGAAUCUGCAAGCUCUUUCUUUGCUCUGGUAGAUAUAUCUGGCCAACCUCCCAUUCAGACAGAUUUACACCCAGCCUGGAUGGUGCCGGUCCAGCCCAAUCACAACCGUUUAUCUGAUAUGGGGCGGGAUUAAUAUGAUGAGUAGCACCGUUGAGGCAUUUUCAUAAACAACCAAGAUGACAUUUUGUUGCUCUGAUUGGACGCAAUUGGACAGAUACAACCAAAGGCAUUUUGGUCUGCUCCCAUUGAUAACGCCCCUUUGAAAUGAACUGAGAGGAAAAUGAACUGAGAGGUUCCAUACUAAUAAGUUUUUGUGAAUUGGUCUGGAGAUGCCAAACUCAUGAUAGGCGAUUCUUAAAAUAAGACUUUCUGGAUAUACCAGUACCUCAUCCUUGAGAAUGUGUUCACCUUUUCAACUACAUUUCCCACCAUGCAGUGUAGGCUAUAUGACGCUCCAAACCAAAUCUGGUUGUUUCAGACAUUUGAUGUAUAAUUAUUUCCCUGUUAUUUUUUUCCUUUAAAGUUAGAA